AUGUUCGCCUACGGGCAGACAGGAUCAGGCAAAACCUUCACCGUCAGCGGGUUGGAGGAGCACGGCACGUUGCAGAAACGUUUGAUGGAUGGUACCCUAGAGGGAGAAAGGAAGCUGUGCAUCGCCCAAAAACACCCCCUCACGUCCAAGGCCGAGCUUCUUUCCCUCAUCCCCACCGCGUCUUCCCUCCGAAAGACGGCCCCAACCCUCAAAAACGACUCGUCCUCCCGCUCGCACGCCAUCUGCCGCAUCCGCAUCGGGAACCGCUCUAUUCCGGCAGCAGAAGAUGGCCUCCUCUACCUCAUCGACCUUGCCGGGUCGGAAGCCGCCCGCGACAAGUCCACCCACGACGCGGCGAGGAUGAGGGAAGCGAGAGAGAUCAACACCAGCCUCUCUGCUCUAAAAGACUGCAUCAGGGGGAGGGCGAUGGUUGAUCUUGAUCAGAGGUCUGGGAAGAAGGCGCAUGUGCCGUUUAGGCAGAGCACACUGACGAAGACGUUGAAGCAUCCCGGUGGGGGGUUUGAAGAGGGGGGGAAGAGAGUUGUGGUGGCGUGUGUGAAUCCUUGUUUGGCGGAUACGCAGGCCAGCAGGAAUACGUUGCGGUAUGCGGAGUUGUUGAUGGUUACGGCUUUUGGCCCGGCGGGGAAGAAGGUACAAGAAUAUGAUGAGAAGAGGCCGGUCACGUGGGGGAAUGGGGAGGUGAGGGAUCGGAAACCCCUCGUGUUGAUGGGAAACGUCCUCGCCCCGACGGAAUCGGGAGCGCAGCUUUUACGGCUGCCUGUUGGGGAGUUUGUGGAGAGGUGUCUCAAGACUCCGGGGGUGACGAUGGAGCAGGCCACGACGUUUGAGAGCAAGUUUUGGCAGCUGCAUGUUGAUAACUUGCGCUCUCAGUCCUCUUCCCAGCACUCCAAAGAGAAGCCUGAGGUCAAGUUGACGAGGAUGGAAAGACUUUACUCGAGCGCGGAUAUCGAAGGGCCGCCGCACGCGAGGGAUGUCCCCUUCAAGGAGAGGAUUAGGCCGGGCAUGGUUGUCUCUUACCGUUCAAUGGGGACGGAGCAGAUGGGGGUUGUGCUGUCGAGGGCUGAUGCGGUGGGGGAGAGGGUGAGGGAUUUGACUGGGGUGCAGGGGGAGAGGUAUCUCUGUGCGAUGGUUGUGCCUGCUAUCUUGCCGGGGGCGUAUGAUGUUGGGCUUUGGAUGCAGGUGGUGGUUGGGGUUGGGGAGGUGGAGGCUGAGGUGGUGCUGGAGUGGGAUGUGACCACUCGAUAUUAUUAUUUGACUGUGUAG